CAACAAUCUCAGACACCUUGGUCCACGCAUCAUUUUUUUUAUUUAUGUCCCUGUACGCAAACAGGGACACGUCGUAGAUUAUUGGGAAACCCGCCACAGCAAUAAUCAACCUCUCCUCCAUUUUGCUUGGGAACUAAUGUGGUCGGAACCAACGUUUACAGGGCUGCGUUCUCUGGAAUCCUCUCAAGCGGUGGACUUCUACGUUCCGAUUGGUUGCCGCCGAACCGCGCCAUAGCUCAUUACCAUAAAGUUGACCUGAUUUCAACUCUCCUCGACGCCCUCAACGUCCGAGUCGCGCCGCGCCGCUGCUCGCCGCUGGCUCAGAUUGAAAAUGAAUGACUUCCGGCCACUUUGACGCUCUCGACGGCGGCGGUGUGAACGCACAGUUACUUUUGGGGGACAGCGGCUAUCCUUGUCCUUCAUGGCUGAUGACACCUUUUAGAAAUCCAGUAGGAGCUGCACAGGAACGAUACAACACUGCUCUAACAAAAACUAGAGUAAUCACUGAAAGCACGAUUGGCCAGCUUAAAAGGAGAUUUCACAGAGAGCUAUGUCUGGAGCCAGUGAAAGCAGGGAGAGUCAUCAUUGCUUGUGUCGUCCAGUUUUACAUAUCAAAAGACUUUGGUGUGCUCAUGGAUGAACAUGCUGACCCUGAAGAAGCAGUGCAGCCAAAUCAAGAUGCGGAGGAUGCAACAACGGAGGGACACACUACCUGAGACAUGCUUGUGCGAACAUUUUUUUCCUAAAG